AUGUCGAACGUAUCCCUGAAUAGUCCUCGGGCUAGCAGCGAUAAUGACAGAAUGAGCCCACAGACUUCCGCUCCGCUAGAACCGCAAGAUUUACAUCCCCUAAACAUGGGGAUGGAGCGCAGGAAACGUACACGAACUGGAUGUGUCAACUGCAGUCGCCGGCGGCGAAAAUGCGAUGAGGCUAAGCCCACCUGCACGGGCUGCAAGCGCCGAGGCGACGAGUGUCAAUGGCGUAUGCUCGGAGCCUUUCGUGAUUCCAAUAUCAAGGUGCUAGAAUCAGAUCACCCCUCGAUGAGCCAAGGUGUGGCAGGCCACGGAGCUUCCGAGCAACCAGUACAUGAGCCGUCUCCGCCGCCUGCUCCAGAUUCCAGUGCCACGCCCGUGCCUGUGACCGCUACGGAAAAUACCCCGGAUCCCACUCCUCCCUCCCUUACCGAUGAGAUCCGUAGUCCUAAUCCCGCGCUCAACCAAGGUCUAUCACCACCCUACUCCAGCGAUACAUCAUCACACCUGUCUCAGAAGUCCAUUCAAAACAAAUCCCCACGCCAUCCUGAAAAUGUGAUCAAUGGGCAUGAUUUGGGACUUCAAGCGGAGUCUCCCCAGUCUCAUUAUCCACCAACCAUACAAUGUGACUUCAAUACGCUUCCCCAAUCCAGGGAUGACUCGUCGCAAAUCCAUAAUUCCAGCCCUGAGUAUAUGAUCGACGGCUUGAGUGGGCUAGAGGGCUUAACUCAGAGCGCUCAGUUUCAUUCAUCCUUGACUGGCUCUUACCAGACUGUUCCAUCGCCAUUGUUUGAGCACAAUAUCUUUUCCGAUCCGGCAGAUCUCGUCAACGAUGUGUUUUUGCCUGGUUCUGCUUAUGAAGCGCUUCAUACGACUCUAAGAAACCGCCAGCUAUGGACUGCCCUGCCGGAUAUUCCAAAUCGUCGCAGCUCGCAAGACUCCAUUCCUCCAGUGCAUACCCCAGUAGCAGUUAGUGAGGCUGGGUCGUUUCCGAGAACUAAGCGGCAGUCUCGAGGCUUGGAAUAUAGCAGGAGGUUUGAAUUAUCGCCCGAAAGAGAACAUAUCUUGUGGGGAAAUUAUCUUAAUGAAAUAUGCUCCUGGCUCGACAUGUUUGAUAAUCAUCGCCAUUUUGCUUCCACCUUCCCUCAGAUGGCCAAGUCUUCAACUCACCUUCGUUACUCUAUAUUGGCAUUAUCUGCGCGACAGCUCGAAAGACAGCAAAACCGGAAAUCGCAGUCAGAGAGCCUAUAUCUGUACCAGGAAGCCAUUCACCUCCUCUUACCUGAGUUGGGAAGUAAAACCACUCCUGUCAUAGCUUCUUGUGUCAUCUUGUGUGUCUUGGAAAUGUUGAGCUGUAAUCCCAAGGAAUGGCGUCGCCAUUUAGACGGCUGUGCGUAUCUUAUUCAAGCAGCUGGGAUCAACGGAUUCUCUGGGAAGGAAGAGCAAGCUCUUUUUUGGUGCUUUGCUCGGAUGGAUGUUUGCGGUGGUCUCAUAUCCGAGGAGGAGACCAUCAUACCUAUCCACAAUUGGCGUCCGGUUGAUAUGAGCUACAGCGAAGCUGCACAGACAUUUAUAUCUUCAGCCAAAACCAAUCUCGAUACAUAUGCCAACUAUACAGUAUAUCUCGUCGCGCGAACGUUGAACGUUCUUUUCGGCUGUGCUUCAAAAAUGUCUCACCCUUGCACAUCAUGCCAAUCUGUCCCCAACGACGAUGGCGACUCAUACGUUGAUCGCUGGGCAGAUUCGUUUGAGCGUGUAGAAGAGUGGUACGAUAAUCGACCUGCCCAAAUGAAAUCUAUAUUCAGUGUAGCCGCUUCCGAGCGCGAAGGACUGGAUCGAGCUUUUCCGAUCGCGUUGUAUGGGAAUGGGGCUGCUAUAUCCGGGAACCAGAUGUAUCAUGUAGCAGCCUUACUGUUGCUUCAGCGAAAGCCAAAGACAUUGACAUUGAGCAAGAGACCGAGGUCAGUUCUUUGGCAUGCUCGACAAAUAUGUGCAAUAUCCGCAUCCAACGGUCAUCAUGGCUGCUGGACUAACGCACUUCAACCUUUGUGGAUAGCUGGUAAGGCUAUGUCUCAUUAUUCUGAACACACUGCCAUUGUUGAGACUUUGGUCAAAAUUGAACGCGAGACUGGCUGGGCUACUGCUUGGCGUGUUGAAGACCUUAAAGAAUUUUGGGGUGAAUACGAUAACGACGGAGACUGUGAUGUCGACAUGGAUUAA